UUUGGACAAAAUGCUAUAAUAACAUUUAACAUGCAUGAUCAAUUUUUUUCUUGCACGUACGUAUAUAUUUCCAUUUAAUUAUGAACCUGUCACAUAUGACUUGAUUCAAUGUAAAACAUACUUUCCUGAAAUUUAAAUCUUUCAAACCUUCAAUGCAUAUAGCAUUAUUAAACCGACAUGGCACUACAAAUAAAACCGUGGAUCAUCUCAUAUAUAAAAAUAAAAUAAAAUAUGAAAAUAAAUAAUAUAUAAAUAUUUUUUUCUGAUAUUGAUUCCUUACAAUUCAGAUAAUUACAAAUUUACACUUGCUGGCUUGGUUCAUGAAUGAUUUCUGACAAAAAAGUAUUCGAUUAUAAUUUACAUUUAAAAUAGUAAAUUUUGUUUUGUUGUGUAGACAACAGUAUCUGAUUAAAUCCAUAACGUAGCUUAAUCCGGUAUUAUACGGAAGGUUCCUUAAUACACCGAACUGCAACUAGUUUGAAAUUAUAACCUAAAUGACCUGUUAUGUCUUCACGUCCGUACAAAAGAACACCCCAAGGUUCCUUCCUCGUACUUUCCUCAUCAUUCUCAGAUCUGCCUCCUCUCCAAUCUAUAUACAUUACAUAUAUAUUGAGCCUCCCUAAAAUUUUAGUAAACCCUAAUCAUAAACCUAUUUCCUUUGAUUUCCUCACUUUUUCCUUGUGAAUCAAGCAAAACGCCCUUUCUAGGUUUCAAUCAAAUGGCGCAAAUGGACUUGGAAGGUUUGAGAGAGUUACAAGACUGCGCAAACUACCUCCUCGAUCACUGUCCAGAAGCAAGAGAGUCUCUGUGUCAAGAAGGCAAAGAGAAAUGGAUCGAGCAAGUCUCUGAAGCUUCAGUAACAAUGUUAGACGUCUGUAACGUGUCCAAAGAUGUCAUGGCGCUCGUGAGACAUAGCCUGAAAGAGCUUCAACUGACUCUACGCUGCAACGAAUCAAACAUGCACGUGAAGAUCGCAGCGUAUAACAGGCACAGGAACAAGCUCAAGAAGGAGACACUAAAGUGCUUGAACACUCUAAAGAGUAUCAAAGGAGGAGGAAGAGGGACGUUGGUGAUGCAGAGGAUAGAACAGAACCUUCUGUUCGUUGCAGAGGUUUUGAAAGAAGUGAGAAGAGCUAUUGUGACUAUGGUUGAGUCUCUGUUCUCGCUCGUGUGUAUUCCUUGGCUCGAGAGAAAACAGAGCAAAAGGUCAAUGUCUUCAAUCUUUACGAUGAGGUUUUGCUGUUUGGAGGAUGUGUGGGACGAAGUAGCGGUGCAGAGCGCGAGUACAAGGUUGGAGGCUGCACAGAUCGCUGUUGAGGAGCUUGAGAUUGAGUUGGGGUGUAUUUUCCGGCGGCUGAUACAGACCAGAGUUUCACUUCUUAAUAUUAUUACAGCUAAGAUGUCUCCUGUUUGAUUUUACUUCUGGUAGACAAAAGCUGUAUAUACCUGUAAGAAUUAGAAUGAUUAGAAUAUACCAAGGGACAUUAUCAUCUUAUAAAGUUGUGAACAUAAAUCAAUUCAGAAAGUAACAAACACAUUAUUAUAAGUGGAUGUUAGUGGAGCUGAAUUUGUAAUGAUUGUCAAAAAUAUUAAAAUUUUAUGAUUGUUGGUCUAUAGAUUUGAAUAAUUAUUGGUUUUAUCUUUGUUUAAUUAUAUAAAUAUAGUUAUUCAAAAAUUGACUUUUAAUAAUUCUAUUAGAAUUUGUAUUAACAUUUGAAUUCUAAACAAUUAACUCAGAAAAUGAAAUUUUUUUUUGAAUUGAAUGUUAAAUUUAAUUCAAAAAAGAAAAACAUGUUUACAACUAUGUGUAUCCAAUUUUUAUACUCAGCUACAACUCUUUUUAAAAUUAAACUCAAACUACAAAACUUCCGUCCUCCAAAUAGCUUUAUCUGGUUGAGAACCAGAAUUGUAGACCACCUUCAAGCUUCCUGUCUUUCUUCUUCUGAGAUUUUGAAAAUUUAUUCCUUAUAGUCUUCUCUUCUCAAUCAACUUUGCUAAGAGAGUAGGGGGAGAUGCUGUCUCCCCAUGCCUUCUUAUAUUCCUCUCACAAAAUAUAACUUUUAGAAUAUUGUAUAUAUCUUCUGUUUUCUUAAAAUGAUUGAAGUUAACUUUUUAAUAGAAUUUUUAAACAUUCAAAACUAUUUAUAACUUUUUUUAC